AUGGCUGAGAUGGUCAAGUCUGUCAUUCUUGGGGAAGCAGUUAGCCGGAUUAUUUCUGUCAUUGCCCCUACCUGCAAAAACGAGGACAAAGCAGAUGAAGAAGCAGCAGGAGACGGUGGCCUAGAGAGGUUGGAGAUGGCGCGCAUCAAAAUGGAGGCUGCAGUCCAAACGUCCCACAAGUGGCUGAUCACCGACACGUCUCUCCAUCGUUGGCGAAAGAAGCUCAAGCGCACUGCACAGGACUGCGACGACGUAGCACACAGAUGGAGUGCCACCGCCGCUGCUGUUCGAAGAUUCGAGAGGCUUGCUGAUGGUGCUGAUGAAUUUAUCAGAUAUGUGCAGCUCGGCGGGACACCACGUCAGAACCUGUUCUUCGACCCUCUCAUUGGGCAGAUCUUCAUGGGCAAAAUGAUCAUGUAUCAGUUGUUGCACCCGCAAGCGAUUUUCCUGGGCGGACGAAAACUCUGCCGCCCGCAUUGGUUCAGCCAUACGAGGAAAAAAAGGCAAGAUAUGAUACAGGAGAGACAACACGAUCGGGGAGGCGGCGCAUCUUCGGGGAGGAUAAGAGGACAGGGGAGGAGAAGUAAGGCCUGGUGGCUGCUAAGGAGGUGCUCGCCGGCGAGCGGGCUCCGGCGGCCGCCUAGCGCGCGGAGUUGGAUCGGGGCGCAUCCCCGCGGCCGUGGUUGUACUCGCUACGCCGCCUGCCCAAAAGAACCGGUGCUCCCCGCCGCCUGCCUCUCUUACCCACGUGAAGCUACCACUCCCUUCCUCCUCCGCCAGCCCCAAGAGUGCCCACCCCGUUGCCCGAUCGGCUGCACCAGCGCCCUGCCGGUGGCGCUCGUCGGCCCUCCCCGCCGGCCCCGCGCCGUACCCGUCGUCUCCUCAAUCUGUUGUCAGGGGACAUGCCAGCGCCCUCCCAGUGGCCCUCGCCGGCCCUCCCCGCCGUCCCCGUGUCGUAUCCGCCAUCUCCCCAAUCCGCAGCUAGAGGACACGCCAAGAAGCUUCAGUCAUGAGGCCGUCGCGCCGGAGGGUGUUGUCAAGAAUUUCAUCAUGGCCACUGCUUUCCCACCGAGGUAUUUGCCGCAUGCAGCCAUGCACAAGUGUCGUCACUUGCAUCUCCUCUGUGCGUUCCCGUCAUUCCAUGCCGCACGAGGCUGCAGUCACCACACCCUUGAGUAGGUAAUUCAUCAAUUGAUAGUUUUUGUCCCUGCCGUGACUUGCAUCUUUCUACCUUGCUUCAAAUUUAAUUUGAUUGAAUGUCAAAUAAAGAUCAACUUUAUCUCUGAUUGAUUCAUGGAAGUGCAAGCUGAAUUAUAUUCAGGAUAUUCUGAUUAUUACUUCCAAGUUAUAUUCUAACACAAUGUCUUUGGUUUAACAACUUGCAAGUGUUUCUUGUACUGAUGUUAACCUCAUAAAAAAGACUCCCAGGUGGACAUCUGCUAUAAAUAAUCAGGUACUGCUUUCCAUUAUCAAAUUCAAAUGCUCAGUGAAACUAUCCAAUGGAUGGACUGGUUGUUUAACACUGAAUCAUCAACACUUUAUUCUCAUCUUAUCUCCUCUUCCAUUCACUGAAACAUCUGCAGUGCACGCUUGUUACUUCUUUGACUGCUUGAACAUAAAUAUUGAGAAAACUCAAUUUUCUAUGGGCAUGAAUAAUCUUUCGAUUCAUACAUAAAAUCAAAAUGUGGUUCCAGUUCCAGGAGGUAUGGCAUGAUUUCUCUGCUGGCGUGUGUGUGUGUUGCUUGUUUGUCUGUUGCCGGCUGGAUUGCACAGCGGCGAUGCCGGGAGCCGGGGGUCAUUGGAAAAGUGAGAUGCCGACGUCACUCAAAACGAUCCUUGCAUGGUAUUGACAGAAUCAUCCACAAAUUAUUUGAUGGCAUUGACCCUUGCUUGGCACGUGCUUGGCAUUGACUGAAUCCUACAUUGGCGAGCUUGUAUCCCGACCAACCUCUUUGUCUUCAUUUUUUUAGAAGCUAACUCACUUGGUUUGUGCGCUCCAAUUUGCAUAUAGAGAGGUUCAGAUGUCUGGCCAGCUAGGCACUGCCUAUUUCUCUAAACCUGAAAAUUCAAAAAUCACUUUAGUUUUCACUAACACAGCUAGGGCCAACACCUGCUAUCAAAAGAGCCUGAACAGUGGACGGGGUGGCGGAGUAGUCACGUACCAACAAUACAGUAACUGCUAGCUAUACUUCUGGAGCAAAUUCUUUGUCGUAGUCAUCAGGCCGCAGAUGGCGUUGCCGGGAUACACGCCCACCAAGGUCUCCGGCCAUAUAGGCCCAUGAGGGAUCCAGGGUGUUGCUCUAUGCAGCAUCAUGACCACAAUGGUGACUUUGUUUUGAAAAUACUAUUUGAAUGGCAUCACAACAUUGAGUACACAUUUUUUUUUCAACAGUUGCUUUAUUUUUAUACCAUGUGAAUCUCCCUGGGUUAGAGCUUGAGACGUGCGUUACACACGGUUA